AUGCCGGAAAAUCGCCAAAAGGUUGCACUAAUCACCGGAGCAUCUUCAGGAAUUGGGUUUGCUACCUCAAUUGAACUUGCAAGGAGAGGCUAUGUUGUUUUUGCUGGAGCAAGAAGAUUGGAACCAAUGGCAAAAUUAAGAGACGACUAUGGUGUAAAAAUUUUCAAGUUGGAUGUCAGUGAUUUACAGAGUGUUAAAGAUGCCAGAAGCUACAUUCAGAAAGAAACUGGGGGAAGCUAUUUGGAUAUAUUGUACAACAACGCUGGCCAAUCUUGUACAAUGCCCACAACUGACGUUACUGAUGAGCAAUUCACCCAGUGUUUCGAAGUUAAUUUGUUUGGAGCAAUGCGUAUGGUUAGGGAAUUUGUGCCUCUUUUGAUCAAUGCCAAAGGUGUUAUUGGGUUUACAGGCUCGGUUAGUGGAGUGAAUCCAUUCCCCUUUUCAUGCACCUAUUCAGCAACGAAAGCUGCAAUUCAACUGUAUGCCUCAGUUUUGAGGUUAGAAUUGAAACCAUUCGGAGUCAAGGUCAUCAACUUUAUCACGGGAGGAGUUAAAACUGAUAUUGAAGAUAAGAGAAGCUUACCAGCAACAUCCAUUUUCAAUGUGCCAGGAAUGGAGCAAGCAUUUGACGAAAGGAGACAAAUGGCCGUCAAAAACAACCCACUUCCAGCUGACGUAUAUGCCAAACAGGUUGCAGAUGAUUUUGAAAGGGCUAAAUUGGGAGGCUCGUUGCACUUAUACCGUGGAAAAAUGGCAUUUUUCUUAGGCUUUAUUACUCCUCUUCUUCCAAGAUUUAUCAUAGAAUGGGCUUUGGUUCGUAAGUUUAAAUUUGUUGGUGUGUUUGAAUACUUGAAAAAGAAGUAUGCUUCAGGCUACACAGCAUAA